GGCCAGAAGCAGCAGACAGCAAUUUCUCAUUGCAGCAGAGGGAGGUCAUUUGCACGCCGCUGUGUGAAUAAGGGCGCAGGUGGUUUUGAAGGACAGGCGACUGAGGCAAUCUGACUGCAUCAAAGGACAGCAUUUUGAUUUCGAACUGCACACCAUCGCAGCGAGACUGAACGAAAGCCCGAGCAGAGAAGCGCUCUACACAGAGGAGGGAUGCCGUCUCGUCUAGUGAACAGGAUGCUGCCGCUCCUAUUAAUCAUACUCUGCCUUUCUGGGGAAUCCAAACCUUUCCCAGCUGAGCCCGACCCCGGGUUCGACAUCACCGACAGCCUGGCACUAGGAGAGUCGACUUUAAACGACAUGUUCAGGGAAGUGGAAGAGCUGAUGGAGGACACGCAACACAAACUUGAGGAGGCGGUGCAACAGAUUGACAACCAGAGCAUUCAGGAUGUGGAUGACUUCCCACUAAAUUACCACAAUGAAAGCAGCACAGACACUAAGGUUGGGAAUACAUCCUUCCACACUGUUGAGAAAAUCGACAAGGUCACUGAUAAUGAAACGGGAGCCACUUUCUUCUCAAAAACUAUGAUCUCCUCAUCCAGCAGUGAAGGAGAGGAAGUGAAACAUGAGUGCAUCGUUAAUGAGGACUGUGGAAAUGGGAAUUACUGCCAGUCUGGACUGCUGCAGUCUAAAUGCCUGCCUUGUAAGAUGCAGGAUUCGAAUUGCACCCGAGAUGAAGAAUGCUGUGAGGCACACCUGUGUGUCUGGGGCCAGUGUGUGAAAAACAGCAUUAAAGGAGGGCCAGGUACCAUCUGUGAAUUUCAGAGCGACUGCCACAGAGAGCUGUGCUGUGCAUUCUACAAAGCUCUACUGUUCCCAGUCUGCACUGCAUUGCCUAAAGAGGGGGAGCACUGCCAUGACCCAUCAAACCCACUGCUGGAUCUCCUGUCCUGGGACCAGGAGCCUGAGGGGCCCCGUGAGUACUGCUCAUGUAGCAAUGGGCUCAGCUGCCAGUCUCAUGGACGCAGCUCCAUCUGUGAAAAACGGAACGAUUCUUCAAAAGAGGAAAAUCUAACAUUUUUCGAUCAGUUCGCCAAAAGCCUUUCCUGGGAUGACAUCAACUAAAGUGUUGGACCAUGCAGAGGCAGUUUCUUAGAGAAUAACCUUCUCUUGUGUAUGUUUAACAGAAACAUCGACAGUGAUAGUUUGUGAACCUCAUUAUUCUGAAAACUAAGAAGCUUCUGUUUUGCACUUAACAUGCUAAUAUUAAAAUACCCAUAAUUCAGCAGGAUUGGUCUACUGUUCUUGUCUUUUCAGGCCUGUGCUUUAAAAAAAAAAAAAAAAAAAAAAAAAAAAAGGAAAAUCUGGGGAAAAAAAACAUGAAUUCAUUUGCAAUAAAAAUCUGUUUUUUUCUCAUAGUUAAUUAAUCUAGAAAUGAACAGUUUAUUCAUCUUCCUAGAUGCACCCAGUAGACUUUGAUGGAUAAAAGUGCAAUAUGUUGUAUCAUUUUGAAUAAUAUAUAUUUGGAGUUAUUGGGUUAUACCUUUGCAGCUUGGGGUGUAAGGGGUUAUUGUAUACAGGCAAUUCCUUUUUGUCAGCACUUCUGAGAGAUUGCAAUAUAAACACAAACAAUGCUUGGUCAUUAUUUGGUGUUAAAUGUUUUGGUUAAGAACACUAAACUGCACACUGAUAACGUGUGUUACACUGAUGCUGUGCUAAUCUGACCAGCUUUCUUCUAUGUUAAAGUAACUAAAUUGGGGGAAGCUUUAUUUUAUCACAGCAGUACACUGUGCUUGAGUGUUUAGCUUUAUAAUCAUGAUUGCUGUUGCGGUAAUCUUGUGCUUUACCUGAAAUUAAAAUUAUGUGUUCCCAUUUAUUGUUUUUGAAGCCAAUAAAGAGAUCACUUUGAAAACCAAA